ACUGGAUGGUUCAGCUUUCAGACACAUUCCUCCACACGCUUCAGCAAGUUCUCAGCAGGAAUGUUAGUGUUGGUCCUGAGGCUCCUGUAGAGCCUCUAAUUCUCCAUGAGUGUCUCACCUCAUACAGAACCUUCACACCUACAGGCCAACAGAUCUCCACCAUGAAGCUCCACAGCCUCAGCAUUAACCUCCUGCUUUUCCUCGUUUUCCUCAACAUCUACAGCCCAUCAGGGGCAGAAAAAGGCCAAGAUGGAUCAAGUCCAAAUAUACUGCGCAAACUACUCAAGAAAAGGGAAGCGUUAGGUCAGAGCCGGCCUGAAGCCGAGGUCGUUGUUUCUCAGGUCAAAGCUAAAGAAUUCCUCUCAGCUCCUCAGAGACCCAGGAGGAACCUGUGGGACCGCAGCCGCCCAGAUGUGCAGCAGUGGAUCCAGCAGUUCAUGUACAUGGGCUACGAUGAGGCUAGGCUGGAGACGGAUCUCGCUCACUGGAUGGAUCACGCCAGAGCGAACGAUCAGGGGAGGCAGCAUCACUACGACGAGAACGCUGCCAUGGGGCCGCGAGACGCUAACGCUUACCGACACGGCGCUAACGUCAAUUACGAUUAUUAUUAAAUACCUCUAUUUAUGACUGAUCUUUUAUACUGGUACAUCUCAUCAAAUCUUACUGCGCUGUCAUUAUAAACAUAUGCUUUCUUUUAGAAACAAAUAAACAUUAUGUAAUAUUGAUUAAAUUAGCGUUUAAAAGGUAACCAGAUCCCUGAAAUACCGCAUUAUGGCUGAUAAACACAACUAUUUAUAUUUUAUGGCUUUCCAUGCAAUUAAAAUGUAUUUUGUAGUGUCUCUUGUUCUCUGCACCUGGUUGUAAUACUUUUUUAUCUGCUUUAGUUGUAAUUAAAUGGCUUAAAAAGCUUUGUGAAUGAAUGCUCAACGAAUGCUUUUGGACUUUGAGGGAAAAUGAGGGUUGCCCUCAAUGUACAUCCAAGUUAAAAUAAAGGUUGCUUGAUUGAUUGA